UUUCCAUUAAAUUCUUUGAAGUAGUGCCGCCACAUUCAAAGGAACGUAGAACAGAAGAUCAACUACAAGAACACAAACUCCAUUCGGUUCAUUCCCUUUUGAAAGUUCUAAAGUUAAUCAGCAAAUAUCUCAGCUGGAUUUUAUUUGGAGCUUUCGAAGCGGAAAGUAUAAGAAAACCUGAAUCCUCCUCCCAAAUCGGCGAUUGAAUCGGUGUCCGUUGGAUUCUCAACGAAACCCUCCGCCGCUGCCGCCGCUACCUCCGCCGUCACGGCCACCGUAUGAUCUAGAUAAAUCUGAUUGAACCAUACCCUUUUUUUAGAAACUUGAGGAACCAAUACAUAUCUGUUUAUCUGUUUAUCUGUUUCGUCGUUUUUUUCUGCUCGACUUUCCCUUUCUGAUUCAUUUCUAUAAUACCCAUUUGUUCUUUUUCUUGUUCUUCAUCAUUUUAUGGUUUAAUCUCUUCUCCAAACAUGGCUGCCUUUUCCCUUUUUGUUUAUUUUCUUGCCCUUACUCCUCUAGGGUUUGUGUCUUCAAAAUCCCUUCCCCGAUCUUCAUUUUGCCCCAGAGAUUCGGAUUUCUUUCUCUAUGGGGUUCGAUCUCAAUGCCCUUCCUCUGUGCUUCCCAGCUCGGCUUUACAGGUGGAUGGGAAGUUCCUUGAUAAGACUUUGACGUCUUAUAAGAAGAACGGCUACACCUCCAUGUUCUUUUAUGCGUCGUGGUGCCCGUUUUCUCUCCGUUUGCACCCCACAUUCGAAUCUCUCAGCUCGUUGUUUCCUCAAAUAGAACACUUGGUGGUUGAGCAAUCUUCUACACUACCAAACGUACUCUCAAAAUAUGGAGUCCGCAGCUUCCCGACUAUAUUAUUGGUGAACAGGACAUCAUGGAUUCAAUAUCGUGGUCCAAAAGAUAUACAUUCGCUCGUUCGUUUCUAUAACCGAGUAACAGGAUUAAAAUCGGUUCCUUAUUAUAAUGAAGAUGAGUUACUUAGAAUUGAGAGCGUUGGUAGGCCAAUAAUCGAACGGUCAAAGAUUUCCUCACCGAAGAACAUAUUGAAGAGCGAACCAUUGUUGACGUUCUCAUUUGUAUUCAUAUGUCUUCGUAUAGCGAUGGUCAAAUUACCACAUGUGCUAUAUCAUCUUAACAAUCUUUGGAGAUCUUACAUGCCCCACCUAAACUUGGAAAUAUUUGGUGAAACACGACAACUGAUGGGGCGGAUUUUCCACAUGGUCGAUAUGAGAAGGGCAUGGGCGAAGCUGAGGCUAUGCAAGACGAAGAACUUCCACAAAGGAGCAAGGAAUGCUCGUGUUUGGGCAUCGUCUCUGGCCUCCGUCUCGUUGGGUGAAUCUUCGUCCUCGAGAUCGACUUAGAUUCACCUACCAUCUUGUAAAAAUUGAAAAUGCAAAUUUCUGAGGCCUUUUCUUGCACUAGAGGUAGCAGGAGAGUAGAGGGCAAGGCAAGGCCUGUACAGUUAAAAAAAAUUGAUUCUCAUUUUGAAUAUUAUACACAUUACACGACCAAAA